GCGGGCGCUCGCGGGCGGGCUCGGGGUAACCGCGGCACGAGCAGGGCGAUGGGGAGCGGCGGCGUGGUCCACUGUCGCUGUGCCAAGUGCUUCUGCCACCCCACCAAGCGCAGAGUGCGGAGGCGGCCCCGGAGCCUCUCCAUCCUGAGCCUGCCCGAAGACGUGCUCUUCCACAUCCUGAAAUGGCUUUCCGUGGGGGACAUCCUGGCCGUCCGAGCCGUGCACUCCCACCUGAGGGACCUGGUGGACAACCACGCCAGUGUGUGGGCGUGUGCCAGCUUCCAGGAGCUGUGGCCUUCCCCUAAGAACCUGCGACUCUUUGAAAGGGCUGCUGACAAGGGCAACUUCGAGGCCGCCGUGAAGCUGGGCAUCGCCUACCUCUACAACGAAGGCUUGUCCGUGUCCGAUGAGGCCCGCGCGGAAGUGAACGGCCUGAAGGCCUCGCACUUCUUCAGCCUUGCCGAGCGCCUGAACGUGGGCGCCGCUCCCUUCAUCUGGCUCUUCAUCCGCCCGCCAUGGUCCGUGUCUGGCAGCUGCUGCAAGGCCGUGGUUCACGAAAGCCUCAGGGCGGAGUGCCAGCUGCAGAGGACUCACAGGGCGUCCAUCCUGCACUGCGUGGGGAGAGUGCUGAGUCUGUUCGAGGACGACGAGAAGCAGCAGCAGGCCCGCGCCCUCUUUGAGGAGUCGGCUCUCCAGGGCUGCCUGGCCAGCUCGUACCUCCUCUGGGAAAGCGACCGGAGAGCAGACAUGUCUGACCCUGGCCGGAGCCUCCACAGCUUUCGGAAACUCCGGGACUAUGCCGCCAAAGGCUGCUGGGAAGCACAGCUGGCCUUAGCCAAAGCCUGUGCAAAUGGGAACCAGCUGGGGCUGGAAGCCAAGGGGUCCGCGGAGACCGUGUGCCAGCUGUUCCAGGCAUCCCAGGCCGUCGGCAAGCAGCAGGUGUUCUCCGUGCAGAGGGGGCUCAACGACACCAUGAGGUACAUUCUGAUUGACUGGCUGGUCGAGGUCGCCACCAUGAAGGACUUCACGAGCCUGUGCCUGCACCUCACGGUGGAGUGUGUGGACCGGUACCUGCGGAGGCGCGUGGUGCCGCGCUAUCGGCUGCAGCUGCUGGGCAUCGCUUGCAUGGUCAUCUGCACGCGGUUCGUCAGCAAGGAGAUCCUGACGAUCCGGGAGGCCGUGUGGCUCACGGACAACACCUACAAGUACGAGGACCUGGUGCGGAUGAUGGGGGAGAUCGUCUCCACCCUGGAGGGGAAGAUUCGAAUCCCCACGGUGGUCGACUACAAAGAGGUCCUACUGACGCUGGUGCCCGUGGCGCCCAGGACCCAGCACCUGUGCAGCUUCCUGUGCGAGCUGUCGCUGCUGCACACCAGCCUGUCCGCCUACGCCCCGGCCCACCUGGCCGCCGCGGCCCUGCUCCUGGCCAGACUGGUGCAUGGGCAGGCACAGCCUUGGCCCACUCGGCUGUGGGACUUCACUGGAUUCUCCUACGAAGACCUCAUGCCCUGCGUCCUGAGCCUUCAUAAGAAGUGCUUCCACGACGACGCCCCCAAGGACUACCGGCAAGUCUCCCUGACGGCGGUGAGGCAGCGAUUUGAAGACAAGCGCUACGAGGAGAUCAGCCAGGAAGAGGUGCUGAGCUACAGCCAGUUGUGUGCAGCCCUGGGAGUGAAGCAGGAGAGCCCGGAGCCCGAGUCCUUGGUCAGCACGGGGGACCUCCACGCCUUCCUCAGCUCUCCGUCUGGGAGGAGAACCAAACGGAAGCGGGAGAACAGCCUGCAGGAGGACAGGGGCAGCUUUGUCACCACCCCCACUGCAGAGCUGUCCAGCCAGGAGGAGACGCUGCUGGGCAGCUUCCUGGACUGGAGCCUGGACUGCUGUUCUGGCUACGAGGGUGACCAGGAGAGCGAGGGCGAGAAGGAGGGCGAUGUGACGGCUCCCAGCGGCAUCCUAGACGUCACCGUGGUCUGCCUGGACCCAGAGCAGCACGGCUGCCAGGCGUCGAGUGAUGAGGAGGUCUCUCCAGAGGCCACGGGGCGCCGGGCGCCGGGCACCCUGGCAGCUCCCUCCGCAGGGCCCGAGCCCCAUGCCCGCAGCAGGACCGUGCCGGGCAAGGACAUCACGACCUCAGGGUACUCCUCCGUCAGCAGCGCGAGCCCCACCAGCUCGGGGGCCGCGCCCCCAUCUACCUCAGUGCCGUCCCUGGGCAGCAGCCCGCACACACAGCCUUGCCACCAUCAGGCCAGGAAGUCAUGUUUACAGUGUCGGCCCCCGAGCCCCCUGGAGGGCAGCGUUCCCCGGCCGCAGGUGAAGCGGAAGAACCUGUCGGCGCACAGUGAGGAGGAGGAGGAGGACGAGGAUGAGGACAUGAACCUGGGCUUCCUGAGGCUGUGAGCUCGCCAGUGCCUCGCUGGGUGCCUGACUACUGAGGGGGGCUGGCCUGCAGGCCGUGCGCGGGAGCAGAGCCCGUGGCCCACGGGCACGGGGGCCCUUCCUCCAGGAGCCCCGGGCGGAGUGGACAGCCGGGGUCUGCCGCUUUGGAAGGUUCGGCCUCACAGCAGUCACGCACACCAUGAGCCUGUCUGUCCAGACCCCCGUGUCCACCGCCUCUCCCAGCCCCUCAGCCCCGUGCCUGGAGCCAACAGCUGCCAGGCUCAGCGGCCGAGAGCCUGGUGCAGCCUGGUCCCUGCCUGCGUGUUUGGCCUCGGGCCGCCUGCCCCCUCCCAGACUGCGCCGCCCCCCAGCCUGGCCCCUCCUGAAGUCUGCCCUCGGAAGGGCUGUCCUCACAGUGGUGGCUGUGGGCACAUCUCGCACUGAUUUUUGGGCCAUUCUUUUUCCAUUUUCACGUCUGUACUCCCUUCCUCCUCCAAGAAGAAAAAACCGUGAAUGAGAAGGUGUUACAAAAAUGAGGACUCGACUGAAAAACCGACUCCAGGCCCUCGCUCUGGACUCAAAGGUUUUAGCCAGAAAAGCAUUUUUAAAGGAAUUUCUCAUUCUGUGAGGGAGCCCAGAGGCAGAGCAGUGGGGCCCUGGGAGCCCUGCCUGGCCGCGGCCGUGGCUCUGCCGUGUUCCCGUGGAAUGGAGCUGUCCCCUGCCCUUGGCCACCAGCCGGCAAGAGAGCCCUGGAAGUUGCAGCCGAAAGAGGAGGCCUGGGAACCUGAAAGGCCGGGCUGACCGCUGACCGCGUCCCGCCUGCUGUCAAGAUUCUGUCCCCGUGUAGAAGGAGCCACAUGGCCAGCAGUGUCCUCUGCGUGCCCUGAGCCAGAAGCCAGGAGUACAGACUGACCGGUGCUUCCCCGUGCCCGCGUGUGUGCCUGUGUCCAGCGGCCGCUGUCUGUCUGGGUGGGGUGGGCUUGGGCAACGGCCGACCUGGCCUAGCAGCUGUGUCCCUGGACGUGUGUGAGCCUGUGUCCCCGUCUGUGAGGGCCAGGGAUUCCUACCUCACAGGGGUGCUGUGUGGAUUAAACGAGACGACUGUGGCACAGGCUGUGUGUGUCUCACUGCC